GGGGUACUGUGUUAAUUAAAUUAUAAAAUCAACACCUAAGUGUUAAAAAUGAGAUAUAUUAAUAGGAUAGUAAAACUAGCGAUACCGAAGGGUAAAUUACAGGCACAAAUAUCCACUGGAUUCCACUUGGGUUUAAGGCCAUUCAGCACUAAUAAAGUAUCACCUGCUGAAAUUUCAAAAUUACUACAAACUAAAAUUGGUGGAUGGGAUUCUCAGAAAGAUGUGAGGGAUGUUGGACAUGUAAUAAAUGUUGGUGAUGGAAUCGCUCGUAUUUAUGGCUUAAAAGAAGUGAAGGCUGGCGAACUUGUUAUGUUCUCUUCCGGUGUUGCUGGUAUGGCUCUGAAUCUCGAAACUGAUAACAUUGGUGUCGUUAUUUUCGGUGAUGAUAGGAAUAUAUUGGAGGGAGAUACUGUAACACGUACAAAUCGUAUAUUAGAUGUCCCAGUCGGCCCUGAAUUGUUAGGUCGCGUUGUAGACGCUUUAGGUCGUCCAAUUGAUGGAAAAGGUGAUCUUGUUACUAAGGAGACAAGUCGUGUUGAGGUUCCAGCUCCUGGAAUUAUCGACCGAAGAAGUGUUCAUGAACCCAUGACAACUGGAAUGAAAUGUGUUGAUUCUCUUGUUCCAAUUGGUCGAGGCCAACGUGAACUUAUUAUUGGUGACAGGCAAACUGGGAAAACAGCUUUGGCCAUUGAUACUAUACUGAAUCAACGCCUAGUGAAUGAAGGUUUAGAAGAGAAUAAGAGAUUAUAUUGUAUAUACGUGGCAAUUGGGCAGAAGAGAUCAACUGUGGCUAGGAUACUAAAGAUCUUGGAAGAUAAUGAUGCCCUCAAAUAUACCAUCGUUGUUGCUGCUACUGCUUCAGACCCUGCCCCUUUACAGUUUCUAGCUCCUUUUACUGGAUGUAGUAUGGGCGAGUGGUUCCGUAAUAAUAAGAAGCAUUGUGUUAUUAUUUAUGACGAUUUGUCUAAACAGGCAACUGCUUAUAGGCAAAUGUCUUUAUUGUUAAGAAGACCACCAGGACGUGAAGCUUAUCCAGGUGAUAUAUUUUAUUUGCAUUCUCGGUUAUUGGAACGCGCUGCUAAGAUGAGUGACACUAAAGGUUCUGGCUCUCUCACUGCUUUACCCGUAAUUGAAACCCAGGCCGGAGAUGUCUCUGCUUAUAUUCCAACUAAUGUCAUUUCUAUUACCGACGGACAAAUUUUCCUAGAAUCUGAGCUUUUCUAUAAAGGAAUAAGACCUGCUAUAAAUGUUGGAUUAUCAGUAUCGAGAGUAGGAUCAGCAGCACAAUCAAAGGCAAUGAAACAAGUUUCUGGUACUAUGAAGCUUGAUUUGGCUCAAUUUCGAGAGAUUCAAGCAUUUUCACAAUUCGGUUCGGAUUUGGAUUCCAGUACUCAACAAUUGUUGACUAGAGGUACUCUUCUGACUGAGUUGUUGAAGCAGAAACAGUAUGCACCAUUGUCAAUUCCACUGCAAAUUUGCGUAAUUUACGGAGGAGUUAACGGUUUACUCGACAAACUUGACCCCAAACUUGUGGGUAAAUACGAGGAACAACUACUUCAACACCUCACAACUCAGCAUUCAGAUUUGUUAUCUACGCUUGAGAGGGAAGGAGUUUUAAGCCCAGAAACUGAAGCUAAACUUAAAUCCACACUUGAACAAUUUGUAGAUAAUUUCAAUAAAUCUUAA